GGCCAGGCGUGGUCGCUUAGGGCCCCUCGGGUCUCGCGAGCCUUCCUUUCCAGCCUCUCCUGGGCUCUAGGGCCGGGGUCCGGAGUGCGGUUCCUAUGGCAACGCCCCUCCCGCGUCGCCGACCCCAGGGGACCAGGACGGGCCCGAGGGCCGGGUCGCUAGGUCUCGCGCCAGCACGGGGUGCAGGGGUGGACCCCGAGGGCGGCGGGAAAGGCGCCUUUGAUUAUCGGCGGUGCCGGGACGGCGGGGAAAGGAGGUAGCCAAGUUGGAGAAGCACUUGAUGCUUCUCCGACAAGAGUAUGUCAAACUGCAGAAGAAACUGGCAGAGACAGAGAAGAGAUGCACUCUUUUGGCUGCACAAGCAAACAAGGAAAGCAGCAGUGAGUCCUUCAUCAGCCGCCUGCUGACAAUAGUGGCAGACCUCUAUGAGCAAGAGCAGUACAGUGACCUGAAGAUAAAGGUUGGGGGCAAGCACAUCAGUGCUCACAAGUUUGUCCUGGCAGCCCGCAGUGACAGCUGGAGUCUGGCCAACCUGUCUUCCACUGAGGAGCUGGACCUGUCAGAUGCUAAUCCGGAAGUGACAAUGACAAUGCUUCGCUGGAUUUAUACGGAUGAGUUGGAGUUCAGAGAGGAUGAUGUGUUCCUGACUGAAUUGAUGAAACUAGCGAAUCGGUUUCAGCUACAGCUCCUUAGGGAGAGAUGUGAGAAGGGUGUUAUGUCUCUGGUGAAUGUCAGGAACUGUAUUCGCUUCUACCAGACUGCAGAGGAACUGAAUGCCAGUACACUUAUGAACUACUGUGCAGAAAUUAUUGCGAGUCAUUGGGAUGACUUACGAAAGGAAGACUUCAGUAGCAUGAGUGCACAGUUGUUAUACAAAAUGAUCAAGUCCAAGACAGAGUACCCAUUACAUAAAGCUAUCAAAGUCGAGAGAGAAGAUGUGGUCUUCCUUUAUCUGAUUGAAAUGGAUUCACAGCUCCCUGGGAAGCUGAAUGAAGUGGAUCAUAACGGAGAUCUUGCAUUGGAUCUAGCCCUUUCACGACGGCUAGAGAGUAUUGCUACCACGCUGGUUAGUCACAAAGCUGAUGUCGACAUGGUAGACAAGAAUGGCUGGAGCUUGUUACAUAAAGGAAUCCAGAGAGGAGAUCUCUUUGCUGCCACUUUCCUCAUUAAGAAUGGGGCCUUGGUCAAUGCUGCUACGAAGGGUGCCCAGGAGACACCGUUACACCUUGUGGCAUUGUACAGUUCAAAGAAGCACUCAGCAGAUGUGAUGUCUGAGAUGGCACAGAUUGCAGAGGCCCUUCUGCAGACUGGUGCCAACCCCAACAUGCAGGACAGCAAGGGCAGGACUCCUUUACAUGUGUCCAUCAUGGCCAGGAACGAAUAUGUGUUCAAUCAGCUGCUGCAGUGUAAACAAUUAGAUUUAGAACUUAAAGACCACGAGGGCAGCACAGCUCUGUGGCUUGCGGUGCAGUACAUCACCGUAUCUUCUGACCAGUCUGUGAACCCCUUCGAAGACAUCCCUGUAGUCAAUGGGACUUCAUUUGAUGAAAACAGCUUUGCAGCCAGACUCAUACAGCGUGGCAGCAACACCGAUGCACCUGAUGCCAUGACAGGAAAUUGUUUACUACAACGAGCAGCUGGAGCAGGAAAUGAGGCAGCAGCUCUUUUCCUGGCAACCAGUGGUGCCCAUGUCAACCACAGAAACAAGUGGGGAGAAACCCCAUUGCACACAGCUUGUCGGCAUGGCCUAGCCAACCUCACUGCAGAGCUCCUGCAGCAAGGUGCCAACCCAAACCUGCAGACAGAGGAAGCUCUGCCCUUGCCAAAGGAGUCUGCAUCCCUGAAUGGCCUGGUGGACAGUGUCUAUCUGCAGACGCCGCUGCACAUGGCAAUUGCUUAUAAUCAUCCAGAUGUGGUGUCUGUCAUCCUGGAGCAGAAAGCCAAUGCUCUUCAUGCCACCAACAACUUGCAAAUUAUUCCGGACUUCAGCCUCAAAGAUUCCCGAGACCAGACUGUGCUGGGCCUAGCAUUAUGGACUGGCAUGCAUACCAUUGCAGCCCAGCUGCUGGGCUCUGGUGCGUCUAUCAAUGACACCAUGUCGGAUGGGCAGACUUUGCUCCACAUGGCCAUCCAGCGACAGGACAGCAAGAGUGCACUCUUUCUUCUGGAGCAUCAGGCAGAUAUAAAUGUCAGGACUCAGGAUGGGGAGACAGCCCUUCAGCUGGCCAUCAGAAAUCAGCUUCCGCUCGUAGUUGAUGCCAUAUGCACCCGAGGAGCUGACAUGUCUGUGCCAGAUGAGAAGGGGAACCCCCCACUGUGGCUUGCAUUGGCCAGCAAUCUGGAGGACAUCGCAUCCACUCUGGUCAGACAUGGUUGUGAUGCCACAUGCUGGGGUCCAGGACCUAGUGGGUGCCUUCAGACACUCCUGCACAGAGCUAUUGAUGAAAAUAAUGAGUCUACUGCCUGCUUUCUUAUUCGCAGUGGCUGUGAUGUGAAUAGUCCCAGACAACCAGGUGCUAAUGGAGAAGGAGAGGAAGAGGCUAGAGAUGGGCAGACCCCCUUGCAUUUGGCAGCCUCUUGGGGACUAGAAGAGACAGUACAAUGUCUUCUGGAGUUUGGUGCCAAUGUGAACGCACAGGAUGCAGAAGGAAGAACACCCAUCCAUGUGGCCAUCAGCAACCAACACAGUGUCAUCAUUCAGUUGCUGAUUUCUCACCCUGAUAUCCACUUGAAUGUGCGAGACAGACAAGGGCUGACCCCAUUUGCUUGUGCCAUGACUUACAAGAAUAACAAGGCAGCUGAGGCCAUUCUGAAGCGAGAGUCUGGGGCUGCUGAGCAGGUGGAUAACAAGGGCCGGAAUUUUCUUCACGUGGCGGUUCAGAACUCUGAUAUUGAAAGUGUCCUGUUCCUGAUCAGUGUCCAGGCUAAUGUGAAUUCCAGAGUACAGGAUGCUUCGAAGUUGACCCCUUUGCACCUUGCUGUUCAAGCGGGCUCAGAGAUUAUUGUCCGCAAUUUGCUUCUUGCAGGAGCCAAAGUGAAUGAAUUAACCAAGCAUCGCCAGACUGCCCUCCAUCUUGCUGCCCAGCAGGACCUGCCCACCAUCUGCUCUGUCCUCCUGGAGAAUGGAGUGGACUUUGCUGCUGUGGACGAGAAUGGAAAUAAUGCUCUUCAUCUUGCUGUCAUGCAUGGUCGGCUCAACAACAUCCGGGUUCUCCUGACAGAGUGCACAGUGGAUGCUGAAGCCUUUAAUCUGAGAGGCCAAUCACCACUGCACAUUUUGGGACAAUAUGGCAAAGAGAAUGCAGCAGCCAUCUUUGAUCUCUUCUUAGAGUGCAUGCCUGAAUACCCUCUAGACAAACCAGAUACAGAAGGCAACACGGUGCUGCUCUUAGCGUACAUGAAAGGGAAUGCCAACUUGUGCCGCGCCAUCGUCCGAUCUGGGGCUCGCCUUGGGGUGAAUAAUAACCAAGGAGUCAACAUUUUCAACUACCAGGUUGCCACCAAGCAACUUCUGUUUAGACUACUAGAUAUGCUGUCCAAGGAGCCUCCGUGGUGUGAUGGCUCCAACUGUUACGAGUGCACUGCCAAAUUUGGAGUCACCACUCGCAAGCAUCACUGUCGUCACUGCGGACGUCUUCUUUGCCAUAAAUGUUCAACCAAGGAGAUUCCUAUUAUAAAGUUUGAUCUGAACAAGCCUGUGCGCGUUUGCAACAUUUGCUUUGAUGUACUGACUCUGGGUGGGGUCUCUUAGCUCCCAGGAGGGUCCAGGCCAUAUCCCACCUCCCCAGCAGCUGCUCUGCUUAUCAGCUGGCCCCCACCCAGAGCAGGAGCUGGCGGUCGUCUUCCUGCGGCAAUAGACUGGAACACCUAAGGACCAUGGUGUGAUAGAUCCCAUUUCAAAUGAUUCCGUAUGAUUGUCAGUGUGUGUCAGACUGUGAUUGAUUUCACUAGAUGUCUCACUAACUGGACCCGGCCAUUUAGCCUAAGUGGUAAAUGUGAUUAGGAACUAGACCUCAUUUUGCUAGCAACAUACAAGGAUACUUUGAAAACCAUUUUUCCUUCCAGUAGCUUAGUGUCCAUCUCAGAGCAUUCAUGAAGUCUUCCUGCCUGGGCUGAUGUACGAGGCAGAGCCUUACAGAGUAGGAAGCUGGCUGCUUCGUGAGAGCUGGCUUUACUCUAGGGUAAGUGGCUGUGGACUUUUAUGUACAGUGUUUUCAUAAAGAUAGUAGGAUCCUCUUGCCCUGAAGUCUUUUUUUUUUUUAAAGCUAAGCUGUACUUUUAGUGAGCUACCCCUUUUAAAAAGGUGAAAUCUUUCUAAACAGGGUUUAAAGAUGAGAGCUGAAAAAUCGUGGCCUUAACAACUGAAAGCUUUACCAGUGUUCAUGCUACUGAGGUGUCAGGAGUGCAGUUUGCCAGCUUGAUACCUCCUAGCAGCCAUCUCAUUCUCUCGUCUUGCUGCGUCCUGUCUGUGGAGUCCUCAGUCACUCUGCCACUGGAGAGUGGUGGAGGAAAUGCACUUUUAUUGUGCUGCACUUUUUAUAUAGCUGCAUUAUUGGUGAUUCCAAUUUAAAAAUCCAUAUUCAAAAAUACCCUCACGCAUCCUUGCAUCAGUGAUUCUAGUGAUUAGCUUUGACUGGACCUCAGCUCAUGCUCAUCUUAAAGGAAACACUCCUAGAGGGUGUCUUUUAGAGUAAGAGAAUCAUACAGGCCAGGUGAUGAGAAGGGAAUCAACAGGUUUCUACCCAGGGGCAGCUCCAGCCUCAGGCUGGCAGGUCUUUCUCCUGGACACAGGUGCUUGCUGAAACCCUCCCUAGGUAAGCUGUGAGUGCUGUUGGUCCCAGUUCUGUGUAGCUUGCCCCGCCCCACUCAGGGCUAACAGUGAAGGCCCUGGCCAAGUGUGUGCAUCCUCGUUUUGGAAGGCUCUGGCUUUUGUGCUGAACGAGGCUGCCCAGGACUUGUUAGGCCUUAGUUGCUGUGUAUACAUGAGCCCUGAGGUUUAAAUUGACUUUUUUUUUAAGGUUUGGCCAGUUUUUUUAAAAAAGCACAUUUAAAAAGAAACUUCCACCACUGCUUUAAUAAAAACAAACAACUCUGAGAUGAACAAUAUGUGUUAUACAGUUGUACUCAAAGAUUAACCGUCUCAAUCAUACAUACUGAUUUUUUCAGAUAUUUAAUAACCACUACACUUUUUUUGUGUUAAUGAAGUAUGAAUAUCUGUGUAAAAGGGACUAAGUUUUUUUUUUUUUUGCAGCAGCCUGUUUUUUUGUUUAUUUCUUUUUUGGAUAGUGGUAUGUCCUCUAUGUUGCUGUAGACUUAUACAUUCUGUUGCCUAAAUAUGUGUGUAAAAUGAGCUGAUAAACCAGAGUGCUACUUUUUAAAAAAUAUUUCUGUGAUUUAUUAUAUAUACUUUCUGUGUUAAUAUGAGCUUGUGUACAAUGUUUAAAAGAAAAAAAUUAAUUAGAAGAAUUCCCCUGUCCCCCUGUGGCAUACUUCAUAUAGAAUUUUAAUAGAAAAACUUGGCUAACAUUUGACCAUGUGAGGCAUGUGGUCAAUUUCCAUGUUCUAUUGCCUGAAAAGGGCCACAAGGAAGCAAGGCUUCAUUAGCUAGCUUGGUUCUUUUAUUAGGACAGUAAGAUAAUCAAUCAUGGUUGAUAAGAAUUUGGUGGUCAGUACCUAGACAGUUGUUCUUUUGAUGUGAACAGUGGAGAGGGGAGGAUGGGAAUUCAUUGGGAUGAGGCCAGUUGUUCUGCCCUUGCCCUGCCAUAACAAUUUCAAUAACAGUCUUGCCUGUAAUUGCACUUCAGAUCUUAAGAUCAUGUUUAAAAUAUGUUGCUUCUGUUUCUCCCACUGAAGGAAAGCAAUGGUACUGACCAGCCAUGGAUUGGGGGAACAUACUUUUUGAGUUCUCCAUUGGCUUCAAGGUGCAUUCAUGUGAAUAUAGAAAAAGCACCUGUCCACAGUCUUCGGAAACCUCUCUGGCCUUGUUGAUGCUCACUGGGCAGCCCUCAGCAGGUUCCUUGAGUGGGAGCUGUUCCAGUGGGACUCCAACAUACACUGCCCUGGCUGGAUCUAGGCACGCGCUGACCCUUUUGUGCUCUCCAUGCUGUCAAGGCUUGAGUGCAAAACUGCCUAGCUGUUCUUAUUAAAUUUGAAUCAGUAGCUUAAGUACUAGUAGCAAAAACAAUUUUAUUCAUUCAGAACGUUGCCAAUUGUGAAUGGGUAGAGCAGGAAGAAUAAACUUUACUGAAAUAUAAGUUGCUGCAUCAGUCGACAUUGAUACGCUGAAUUAACUUUUUAACUGCCUCUUGCUCAUCACCAGAUUUAUUAUACAGUGUACUCUUAACCUUUUUUUGUUUUUAAGAUAAAGGUACAAACCAUGUGCUAUAUAUACAUUGAAUGGCUUAAACUAAUUUGCUGUGAUCCUGCAACACAGAGAUUUCCCGCCAACUUAAGUGCCUACACUUAGGACUUGUUAACUUUCAGUUAUUUUUUCAGUGGUGUCUCAUUGAAGGAUGUAUUGGAACACGUGUUCCAUUUGGAGUUGGGGCCUGUGCACUUGUCAACCUGUUGCCACCUUAGUCGAGGCUGCUUAGAUUGCUCAGUUCACCUGCCACGCUCUCUCUAAGGAGCAGGGUCCACGUGACCUGUAGUUCUCUACCUCAGAUCCCUGAGUCAUUUCCGACCACCCCGUUCAGCGUCCUCACUCUUCCCCCUGAAUGGGUCCCCUUGCGGAGCUCUGUGUGCCUGUGGCUUUGCCGCUCUUCCCAGUUCAUGCCCCAUGCCUGUUGUAUUGAACCAUGACUGUGCUCAUCUUGUCCACAGGCAUGGAGUAGAGGGAAGUCUUGGGACAGGGUAGAGCCUCGACCUCCAUCUCGGUUUCCUUUAUCCAGAGAAAAAACACUUCUGAACCAUGUAAUGCCUAGACCUGAAGGGCAAACUAACUUCCCAGGUGGCAGUAGCAUGAGCAAGUAAAUAUAAUGCUUCCAUGACAGACACUUGCUUCCCUCAGGACAAGCCCCAGAAGAACUACCUGAAGCCAGAGCUCCCUGCUUCCAGCCUGGGAGAGGAGAAAGCCAAGGGGAAACAACUUGCCAAAGGGAUGUGGAAGCCAUCUUCUCACUUUGUGGAAGUAAUUUAGUGAGGAGACGACUGUCUGACAAGAUGUAAACUAAACACUUAAAUUCCCAGAAGUUAUAGAUGCCUUAAAGACUUUCUUUGGAAGAUCAUUACCUGUACAGUUCCUUUUUUGUGUGGCAUAAAUAAUAUAUUGACCUGAUUCACCUGACAACAUUGGCUUUCUGCAGCUAGGGAGUGUUGAGUUGACACUGCUCAACUUGAUGACUUGCCCUUCUUGGCAAAUGUCGGAACUGGCUAUGUGGCCCCCUGUGUGAUCCCAGGGAAAGGGCAGGAGCUGGGCAGAAACUGCAGGCACACACUCGGGUCGGUCACCUUGGCUUCCAAACCAUUCGGGUGGUGCUCAGUUUGGGGUGACGGUAUCAUAUAGGACCAUGGCGCUUCUCAGCAUUAUUUCUUUGGAGUCUGUGUAAUGGAAUGUAUUUUUCAAAUACUGAUAUUUGCAUUUUCUGUAACAAUUCCUUAUAAUAAAAUGAGGUAAAAUUGUGCAUUUAAAGUGGGAACUUUAAUAAGACAUUUGUAGUUACUUCUAAUGCAGAAGUACCAAUAAGCAUUAAAAACAAAAAAACUCCUGA